UAUUCUUUGGAUCCCAAUAAUACAAGAGAUGCAAAACGGAGAGCUUUAUAUAUACAUUCAGGACAUCGCGGCCAACCUCUCGCCACCGAUUGCCGCCAUUUAUAUACUGGCCAUCGCGUGGAAGAGAGUCAACGAAAAGGGCGCCUUUUGGGCACUCAUUAUUGGAUUAGUUGCGGGAGUCGUCCGAUUGAUCAUAAAUAUCAUAUAUCGAGAGCCCAUUUGUGGUGAACAGGAUUUGCGGCCAAAUAUCCUUAAACUUCAUUACAUGUAUUUCGCAAUAAUUAUCUUUUGGUUAAGUAUUUUCUCUGCCGUUAUAAUCAGUUUAUUGACUCAGAAAACCGAAGAAUUCCGGCUCAUUCGCACCACUUAUUGGACAAGAUUUGAUGAAAGAGAGCGAACCGAUGAGACCGAGAAUGUGGAUCAAAUUGAAUGCCAACACAUCAAUAAUGAAAGCAACAGUCAAAGCAACGGAACAUUAAUCACUGGAAACGCGGAUUUUGUCGAAAAGAAAGUCAAAGAAUCUUUGAUCAGAAACUUUUUCCAAUGGUUUUGUGGAAUCAAUUACAAGAAUCAAAGUGAGAGUACACUGAAUGAUAAUUUGGCAAAUAUUGCAAAUAUUCAUCAAACCAAGUAUGAGAAGAGGAUUCUUAUGAUCUGUCUUAUGAUUGUGAUAUCAAUAGCGGUCACACUUUUUGUUUACUUUUCACUUCCGUUAGAAAUCCGCUUUUAUAUUUAAUAAUUAAUUCAUUUAUAGUAAUAUAAGUUUGUUCGCCAAUAAUAUAACCCUGGUCACCAAUAAUUAUUUAUAACACAUCAUUCAAUUCAGACAUUAAAACACGUGUUAAGUCAAGCAUCAAG